CGAAGUGAAGACAAGAAACCCAAGAGAUCGACCUACACCGAGGCACAGCCACAGGAGAUCGUGUUGGUUUGAUUCAGGGAGCCAUAGAAAAGAGAUAUGCAGGGCGGGAAGAGCUCGAGCGCGGUGGGCGCGGCCAAGGAGGCGGUGGCGAACGUGGGCGCGUCGGCGUGGGCGGGCAAGGAGAAGACCAUGGCCGUGGUGCAGGAGACGGUGAACAAGGCCAAGGCGCACGACCCGGCGGCCAAGGCGGAGGCGGAGGCCAGGAAGCAGGAGCGGAUCCACGAGGCAGAGGCCGCCAAGCGGGACGCCAUGCGCCACAACGCCGCCGCCAAGGAGCACGCCACUGCUGCGUCCUACCACCCCACCCCCGGCUCCGCCGUCGAUGCCCGCGACGUGGAGGUGGAGGGCGCGGCCGCCCCGCGCGCGGGGAGCAGCGACGACAGCUACCUGGGGGCGAGGCACGCGGUGGGCGAGGACGGCGGUCACCAGCUGCCCGCGCGCGGCACGGCUGGCGGCCACUCCGCGUGAUGACGGGACUCCAUUCGAUGUGAGUUGCGUGUGAACUGGCUGGUGUACCUUGUGUGUUUGUUCGAGUGUGACCGCUCUUGUAGUAGUUUUGAACUCUGGAGAGCUGUGCUUAUGUUGUGAUUUGUGAAGUGAGUUGUUAUAUAAUGGAGAUCCCUCUGGUUCUGAA